AUGCCAAUGCUGAAGAAGCACGCAUCCUUCGGAACGUUGUCUAGAGCAAAAAACCCCCCAAACAAAGAACAACAAAUGAGGAUAGAGCUGAGUUCGACAGCCACGAGCAGAAAAGGGAAGGAUGAUCAAUCUCAGGACAAUCAUCGCCCGAACAAGCAGCCCAACAGUAAGUUUAAAACUUACACUCCUCUCAAUAAAACACCAGAGCAAGUUCCGAUGGAGAUCCAAGACAAGCGUCUCCUCCACUGGCUGAACAAGUUGAAGUCCGAUCCCAAAAAUAGAAGCAAAAACAAAUAUUACCUCUUUCAUCGAAACCACGGACAUAACACAAGUGACUGUUUUGACCUCAAACAAGAGAUCGAGGCACUCAUCCGCAACAACCAUCUUGGGGAGUACGUCAAUCUUGGGGAGUACAUCAAUCAUAGAGGAGAUCGAGUCGCGGUGAAAGAUGAACAACCAGUCAACAAUGAACCGACUGGGGAGAUUCACACGAUCAUUGAGGGCCACGGAGGUGGAGGAGACUUAAAUAAUGCUAAGAAGGUACAUGUGAGGAACCUUGGUCGCCUCGAAAAUGAAGUUCUACUCGUCAGAAGACCUUUGAAAGAGCAAAAGGUGAAGACUCAUAGCUUGACCUUCACUAAAGAAGAUCCUCAAGGAAUCCACCAUCCACACGACGAUGCGCUUAUGGUCACCUUGACCCUACCCAAUCGUGAAGUAUUUCGAAUCCUCGUGGACACUAGAUCAUCGGCUGAUGUCCUCUUCAUUCAGGCUUUCGACAAAAUGAGAGUUGGUUGA